CAGGAGAUAGACAGUAUUUUACACAUAAGAUACACAACAUAUACGCAUAUCUGUUACAUAUACUUCUUUAUCUCUAACCAUCAUGGCAUCCAUCUACAGCCACAGUACAGGCAGCAGUCUGGUGAUAGUUCUACCACUAAUACUGCUAUUCUCAACUCUCACCUUCUUGUUCUUACUAUUUAGCUUAGCUUUGCUCGUCUUACGUCUUAAGAAGCGUUCAAUCUCGUUAUCCAACGGCGGGAGAUAUAGACGUCUCACACGUCUUACAAACAGCAACAACCAGCUAUUCUUGCCAUUUAAUGAUGAUCACCUCAAUCUUGCUCCUAUUGAUCUCACUGAUAUGGACUUUGAUAACGGUCUCGCAGGAUGGGCGACCGAAGAAUCUGGCGGUCAGCAGGCUGCUAUAGAACGUUAUUACAAUUCCCUUCAGCAGCCUGAGAUGAUGGGUAUUCAAAGGGCUAGAGAUUAUCAAGAAGCUCAUCCACCAGCUAGUCUAGCUACUGCUAUAACUCUAUCUCAGUAUCUCACUAUUCAAGAAAAGGGCGUUUCUGCCUGGUCUUUUGAGCCUGAUUAUGAGAGUUUACCUCCGAUACUCGUACAAGCACGUACAGAACUCACAUUCUUGGCUGACGGUGAGGGACUCUCUCCUUCUGAAGGUGGUGCAUGUUCUGUACAAACAAACCUUCCAAUUCCUCGCUCUAAUGACACCUAUUACUUUGAAGCCAAGUUAUUCGAAAUUACUCCAAGUACUAAAGUCUCAUUUGGAUUAGCUACAAAGCCUUAUCCUAGCUUUAGACUUCCUGGUGAUUGCAAGUAUUCAGUUUCAUAUGACACAGAGGGACAAGCUGCCUACAACUAUCCAUUCACUAGUCACACGAUCGGUUCGCCGCUUCUUGAAGGUGAUGUACUAGGCAUUGGCUACAAACCACGUACUGGAACUGUUUUCUUUACAAGGAAUGGUAAAAGGUUAGACCCUGCUCCAUAUGAUGGUGCAUUCCAUGCAUUCGGUAAUUCAAACGCUGAAGGCGUCAACCCAUUAGAUUUAUUCCCAACUAUUGGUAGUACCGGUGCAGCGGUUGUUCAUGUUAAUUUCGGUCAAGCAGGCUUUGUUUUCAUUGAGGCUAACGUCAAGAAAUGGGGACUGGCACCUAUGUCUGGCACAUUGGCACCACCACCUGCUUAUGGACACAAUAGCGGAUCACUAUUGCUUGAAUCUGCUGCUAACAAAGAUACUGAAGAUAGCGAAAACGACGAAAGACGUCCACUCACUUUUGACGAGAGGAGAAGACUUGAGAGAAGACUAAAUGAGCGUCUGAAAGCUGAAUCAGAGGGUAAAGAUGAUAUCGAUCCGGGUGUUGGAACUUCUACCACAAAUAGAAUUUCAACCAGGCCAGAGGAUGACGGAAUUAUAAACAAUCCGCCAACUCCUAAUCAAUUGGAUAUUAGUCUUACAGAAUUAGAAAGGAGACGCUCAACACAGGCUCUUAACGAGCAAGACAAUAGCCAAGAUGAAGCUGUAGAAGAAGAGGUACCUAGUGAAAUCCCAGAAACGGCUGAGUCGAAUGGUGAUGCACCACCACCACAUUAUGCACCGAUAGAUCCACAACGGUAUCCUGAUGGUGUUAGUUUGACUGACAUCCCAUCGGACGAAUUAGUGAGGAUGAUUGGAGAUACUUGAUAACGAAACGAGACGUAUUAGAUUAAUUGCAUUAUUUUUGUUAUACUACUAAGACUCAUAAAUUUCAUU